AUGGCAAAUCCGACAGCGGACUGGGAGAGGGUUGGGGAUAAAUUCUACCGGAAGAUCCAGCUCUAUACCGCCAUUUUCGACCAGGACCUGGAGCUGGAGAAUUAUGUUGUCACGGGAUGCUCGUACGGAGGAGCUAUUGCCCUCUACCGUGACGAGUCAAAGCUUCAUACGUUUAGAGGCACCCAAAGCUCCAAAUCUAGCAUCGACUUAUACAGCUGUGCUGGCAAGUUGAUUCGGCGUAUCAACUGGGACAAAGGCUCUAUUAAGGGUCUUGGCUGGUCAGAAGAUGAAAAGCUUAUUGUGGUUACUGCUGAUGGUACCGUUCGAUGUUACUACGACUUGCAGGGCGAUUUCACUCAAUUCUCCCUUGGAAAUGGAGCAGAGGAGUAUGGUGUUAGAGCGUGCAGAUUCUACGGGAGCGGUUUUGUAGCACUGCUUUCAAAUAACCAGUUGGUAUCCGUUACGCGAUAUGAAGAACCCCGACCGAAACUGCUUGCAAGCCCCCCAGAAGGCGACGUCCACUCCUGGACACUCAUACCUCCAGCUUAUACCCUCUCCAGAUCAGUUGAGGCCUUGCUGAGCAUCGGCCAGACAAUCUAUGUUGUCGAUGCUACUGAAUCCGAGGAUCGGUUCCUCGAUAUCGGACCAUUUACACAUAUAAGCGUCUCGCCCAACGGCAAAUUCGCUGCACUCUAUACUCAGAGUGGCCAGGCAUAUGUUAUCACCAGCGACUUUCAGAAUAGGCUAAGCGAGCAUGAUUCCAAAUCGAAGAUCCCUCCAAAAGAUGUUCAAUGGUGCGGGAACGAUGCGGUUGUCAUUGCUUGGGAAGACGAGGUUCAUAUUAUAGGGCCAAAUAAUGCAGCAGCCAAGUACUUUUACGAUGGGCGAGUUCAUCUCAUUGCGGAUCAUGAUGGUGUCCGGCUAUUGACAAAUGAUGUCUGUGACUUUCUACAGAAAGUUCCUGAGGUGACGGACGAAGUCUUCCGGUUUGGCACGGAGUCCCCGGCAUCCAUACUCCUCGAUGCUGUAGAACAGCUUGAAAACCAGUCACCAAAGGCGGAUGAUAAUAUACAAUUAAUACGUCCUAAUUUAGUUGAGGCAGUCGAUACAUGUGUCAAAGCCGCUGGCCAAGAGUUUAGUAUCCAUUGGCAAAAGCAACUUCUAAAGGCAGCGUCCUUUGGCAAGUCAGUUCUGGAUAUCUACAAUAGCGACGAUUUCGUCGAUAUGUGUGAAACAUUGCGGGUCCUAAAUGCGGUUCGUUUUUACGAGAUCGGCAUACCUCUUUCCUACGAACAAUUCCUUCGCCUUACUCCUGAGAAGCUUGUACAGCGACUGAUAAACCGCCGCGAAUACCUCCUAGCAUUGCGAAUCUCAACAUAUCUGCGCCUUCCCACCGACCGCAUAUACGUCCACUGGGCAUCACAGAAAGUUCGGGUGGGCACAGAGGACGAAAACACUAUAUGCCGGCUGAUCGUCGAAAAGCUAUCGGGCAAGCGUGGGAUCUCAUUCGAAGAGAUAGCAAGGGCAGCUUACGAUGAAGGGCGAGGACGGCUCGCAACAGAGCUCUUGAACCACGAACCCCGAGCCGGAAAACAAGUCCCUCUCCUCCUCAGCAUGGAAGAGGAUGAAAUUGCUCUUGAUAAGGCAAUCGAAAGCGGGGACUCAGAUCUCGUUCUCUUCGUUCUUCUGCAUCUCAAAAAGAAACUCCCCCUCGCAUCUUUCUUCCGAGUUAUCAAUAGCCGCCCCGUGGCCACCGCGCUCAUCGAAUCUUCCGCCCAAGUUGAUGAUACCGAAUUACUCAAAGAUCUAUAUUACCAAGACGACCGGCGCAUAGACGGCGCCAACGUAUUCGUCCGCGAAGCCUUGAAGCAACAAGAUUCACGGACAGCGACGGAUAAGCUCGCCCUAGCCGGCAAGCUACUCUCGGAUUCGAAAGACUCUUCAGUUGCGCUGAAAGCUCUCCAGGAAGCGAGCUCGUUGCUCCGUAUGCAAGAAAUCUUCGAUCGGGAUUUGACGGAGUCGUUCACGGGGUUGAGUGUUAAUGAGACGAUGUUUAAGCUGAUCAGACUCGGGUAUGCGAGUCGAGCGAAGAAAAUCCAGAACGAGUUUAAGGUGCCGGAGAGGAUUUCUUGGUGGAUUAGACUUCGAGCAUUGGUGUCAAAGCGUGACUGGGCAGAACUAGAAGAAUGGUCUAAGACACGCAAAUCGCCUAUUGGUUGGGAACCCUUCUUCGCACUCAUCCUCUCAGCAGGCAACCCCAAACUGGCUAGUACAUUCAUCCCUAAAGCAGCACCCUCACUACAACCCAGUGACGUGAUAAACAUGUAUGAGAAAUGCGGCAUGCGUGUUAAGGCAGCUGAGGAGGCUGUGAAGAUCAAGGAUGCAGAGACUGUGGAUCGGUUGAGGAAUGCGGCGGGUAUGGGGACUGUUGAGGGGAGGGAGAUUGAGAGUUUAGGGGCGGCGCUUAAACGAUGA